CUGGCGGCAACAUUAUGAUUAAGUUUUGACUCUUUUCCCUAAAACCUAACAUCUCCCUCCCAAAACAGUGUAAAACCGUUUUAAACAAAGCUGACUGUCGUUUGGUUCCAUUUGCUGUUCAUCAAUCAAAAAUGUCAAAUUCUCUCAUAUUUCUCCAUAGCCAACUAAUUCAGUUCUCUAACACCAUACUCACCGCUCUCUCCAAAGCAAACUACACACAACCAGCCGGCACAAACAUCUCCACAAAAUCAAUCCUCGAAUCGCUCCUCACUAACCAAAUUCUCAAACCAAACCAAGAAUUAAACGAAACCCAGUUGCACAACUCGAUAAAGAACUUUACUUUAGCAACUGCUUUACUCUCAUCCUCUGAAUUAUCAACUCAUGAAUUGCUCAAUUGGGUACCGGACGACCUGUCGUUUUUGGCGAACUCGGUAUUUUACGAGUUUUCGAGGGUGUAUUGCAGGAGUGAAAUUGGGGGGAGGAAUGAGAAGAGGGUUAGUGAGGUGUUGGGAUUUGAGUGUGGGGAAGUGAGUGAAGAGAAGAGAUUGGUGGUGGAGUUGAUUCAUGAGAUUUUACCAGUAUUGAAGGAGAGGAUUCAAGAGAGCUCUAUUGAUAAAGGGGAUGAUGGUGAUGAGAUCUCGGCUGCUUCGGCUAGAGCUCCGGUCGGGUUUGCGGUUCUUGCUGCUUAUCAGUUUAGAUGGUUUGUUACUCAGGUUGAUUAUCCAUAUUUGGGGAAAAUGUGUAAUUUGGUGAUUCCUUGUGGAUUGACUGCUCUUGAUCAUUGGUCAUCUGAGGUGAAAGGACAGGGAAUGAUUAGUUUUGUACAUCUUGCAAGAAAUGUGCAUGCUACAGAGCUGAGUUGGUACGAAGAUGUGAUACUUGAUGCCUGCUGCCAGAAUAUCGCUUCUGCUGAUGAGAUAUGGCAUCAUGUAGUUGAGAUGUCAGUUAUUAUUGUGACUCAUAUCCACCGAAGUAACCCCCGCAGUCCAUGGUUUGAGAGGAUGCUCAGUGAGAUGUUAAGUCACUUGGAGCGCCAACCCAGGAAUAAAGAUCGUCGCACGGAAUGGCUUAAAUUUAUUGGACCACUGUUCGAUGCUGUUGGUCUGGUGUUAUUGGCUCAUUUCAGGCGGAUUUUUCCACUUUUCUUUCAGUGGUUACAUGCUGAUGAUGAUGAAACUGUUCUGCUGGUUCUGAAACAGAUCCAAAAAGUAAUAAGGUUAACAUGGAUAAGGAACACAGCAUAUGUAGAAAGAUUGGUGGAUGAACUUGUUGUGCUGUAUAAGGAAGCAGCUUUGAAAACAGCUCGCGGAGAAAUAAGAACAAGUGUUCAUGAAAUACUAAUCCUGCUCAAGCAAUGCAAGGGAGUACAAUUUAAAUCUGCAUGGGACAAAUACUGUGAUGAUCCAAAUUUGAUGAUUCUAAGUUCAUCAUUGAGCGGAACCACAAUGUAUGAAGGCACUGUACAAGCAGAAGUCUCCCAUAGCUGCUGCAUUCAAGAGGGUUAAUGCUCGCAGCAUUGGGAACUCGUAAAGGUUGCACCAAUUGGAUAUUGCUUUGUCCAAAGUAACUCCGCUCUCCUUAAUCUUCAUUUUUAAUUUUACUUUUUUGAAAUUAUGUUUAAGCAUAUGUUACUAGCAAUAAAUUAAUUAGAACUUUUUUAUAGAUAUUUUUCGUGCUACUUUGUUGCCGAUGCAGCGAGAAAUUCGCCAUAGGAUUGUAUAGCUGUAUAUUAACAAGAUAUACUGACAUUUAAACGACAUUGAAUUUCAAGAGUUUCUAGUUA